AGCAGUCGCCUCUUUGUUUUUCAGAGAGAAAAUGGAUCCGAGCCUCAGGUUUAACGUUUAAACCCUCAAUGAUAACGUUGAGCUGUGACCCGGUCAUUAUUUUAUCCGGGUCAGAGGUUCUCCAGGCUUUCUCUGAAGGUUUUAUGGGGAGAGCCACAUGAGGCGGCCCCAGAGCAGCAGCAGCAGGUCUCUGUCUGAUCUCCUGUGGAUUUUGCAGCUUCAGCUUCAUUUCCAGUUUUUUCUGCGGAUCAAAGAUCAAACCCCUGCUGAACGCUGAUUGGCUGAGAUGACCAACCAGGUGAUGAACACCUGUGACUCGGUGGUGGGCGGAGCUCCCCCAGAGGAAGCCGCUUCUCUACAGGUGUUUCCGGACUCUACUGAGCGCGCUCCUAAGCUCUGCCGGCGGCUGCCCUCCAUCGUGGUGGAGCCCAGCGACGCAGACCAGGUGGAGAGUGGCGAGCUCCGCUGGCCUCCCGAUGAUGUCACACAGCGCCACCAGCAGGCGGCAGGGCGACCCAUGGAGGGGGCAGAGCCUCCGGAACUGGUAAUGGGCGGAGUCUGACGGCUCCAGUUUUACCCAGGUGAAGAGGCGGAGCUAACACACCUGAGAUGAUUGGAAGGCUGACCUCUGACCUCCGAGGACUCAUGAUAAAAAACAACCUUUUGAUGUAUUCGUUUUAUUUUUAUUGGUAUUUUUGGAAGAAACAUCUGAUUUAUUCUAACUCGUAUUUUUCACAGAUCAAUAACUAGUUUGAUGAACUCUGGGCUUUUAUUUUGAAAUACCAAAACAAAGCCUUAAUUGUUCCACAAAAUGUUGGAGCUGCAGUUAUUCUUGUUCUGUAAGAAUAUUAUGAGUUAUUUACUGGUUUUCUGGCUUUUCUUCCUUUUUUCAGAUCCAACAGAUUCUGAAUAUAAAAUUAUUUUUCCUCUGGUUCAUUUUAAAUAAGUUUAUUUUGUUUUUUCUGUACGUUUCCUGGUUUCCGUCCUCAGUCUAAUCAGCUGCUGUUUCUGUUUCCCAGAGAUCUUCUACUGAGCAAAAUUGUUUCAGCUGAAUUCAAGCCUGAUUAAAAAAACAUUGUUUUUGUUUUUUAACUGUUUUUAAAUCCUCCCAACAGGGGGCGACAUUUUCUGCAUGGGGGCGGCUUUAGGUUUUAUUUUUUAUUAAUGUUUGAUUCAGAAAUUUUCUAGAAAAAACUUGGAAAUUUCUGAGUAUGAAAAGUAAAAGAUUUUGUGUUUUAAACCUCCAAAUUUUUUUCCACGUAAUUUUCUGAGAUUGAUCUAAAAAUUUCUUCUUUUUUUUUUCUAGCAAACUUUAAACUUUUGAAACUCCAAGUUGAACAUAUGUGACUUUUGGAACUCAAAAAUUUUCUUUAUUCAAAGAAAUUAGUUUCAAAAUGUGAGUUUUUUUGGUGGAAAUUUACCGUUGUAUAUUUCUCUUCCUAUUCUUGAAUUUUUAAAAAAUGUUUUCAUCUCACAUCAGGUUUUUAAUGAUCUCGUGUUUUUCAGAUCUUUUCUUGGUGUUUUUGGUUCCUGGUUUUGUUCUCCUGUUUUCGACGCCGUCGGCGUUCUGGAAUAAAAACCGUCUCCCUGCAGUUCACCAACA